AGCCCACUCUGUGGAGUGGCAGGCUGAGGCAUCGGAGGGUUGGGGUGUGGGUCUGCGUCACCACCUCCGGAGGCCUUUUCCUGUGGGGGGAGGGCCCGCCAAUGAGGGCUGAGCCUGUCACGUGGGCCUGACAGCUGGGGAGGGGGUGGCUGGUGACUAUGUGGUCCUGAGGUGGUCAGCUCCUGGAGCUGCAUCGCUGAGACCCCCCUGGCCUGCUCUACCUCAGCCUGCCUGCCUGGGCAGCUCUGCUGGCCCCACCAUGUUCUCCAGGAAGAAGCGCGAACUCAUGAAAACCCCUUCCAUCUCGAAAAAGAACCGGGCGGGAAGCCCCAGCCCACAGCCCUCUGGGGAGCUGCCCAGGAAAGAUGGGGCUGAAGCUGUGUACCUGGGGCCCACCCUGGACCCACUGAGUGUGGCCUCCAAUGCCAAGGCCACAGGCACACUCAAGAGGCCCACGAGCCUGAGCCGCCAUGCCAGUGCUGCCGGCUUCCCUCUGUCUGGGGCCAGUUCCUGGACUCUAGGCCGGGGCCACCGAAGCCCACUGACCGCAGCCAGCCCUGCCGAACCCCCUAUCGAGGGGCCCUGCCCCGACGCCGUGGAGGACAUCUCCCACCUCCUGAUGGACGUGGCCCGCUUUGCCGAGGGCCUAGAGAAGCUCAAGGACUGUGUUCUGUGUGACGACUUCCUUGAGGCCCGCCGGCCCAUGGCCCACGAGUCCCUGGGCGAGGCCCUACGAGUGAUGCGCCAGGUCAUCUGCAAGUACCCACUGCUGAACACCGUGGAGACACUCACAGCUGCUGGCACCCUCAUUGCCAAGGUCAAAGCCUUCCAUUAUGAAUGCAACAAUGAGGCAGACAAGCAGGAGUUUGAGAAGGCCUUGGAGACCAUGGCCGUCUCCUUCAGCAGCACUGUGUCUGAGUUCCUCAUGGGCGAAGUGGACUGCAGCACUCUCCUGUCAGUGCCCCCUGGGGACCCGAGCCAGUCCAUGGAGAACCUGUAUGGACAGGGGAAUGAGGGUGGUCCCCCCAGCGCUGAGGACUGUGAGACAGGCUGCCCGCUACCCGAGGAGGUGGACAUGCUGCUACAGCGCUGUGAGGGAGGCGUAGAUGUGGCCCUGAACUAUGCCAAGAACAUGGCCAAGUACAUGAAAGACCUCAUUGGCUACUUGGAGAAGCGGACUGUACUGGAGAUGGACUUUGCCAAAGGCCUGCAGAAGAUUGUCCACAACUGCAGACAGAGUGUCACGCAGGAGCCCCACAUGCCCCUCCUGUCCAUCUACUCGCUGGCCCUGGAGCAGGACCUGGAGUUUGGCCACGGCAUGGUGCAGGCAGCAAGCACGCUGCAAACCCAGACCUUCAUGCAGCCCCUGAAUCUUCGGCGACUUGAGCACGAGAAGCGCAGGAAGGAGAUCAAGGAGUCCUGGCACCGUGCCCAGAGGAAGCUGCAAGAGGCAGAGUCCAACCUUCGCAAGGCCAAACAGGGCUACAUGCAGCGCUGUGAGGACCACGACAAGGCCCGCCUGCUGGUAAACAAGGCGGAGGAGGAGCAGGCAGGAGCAGGGCCUGGGGCGGGGGGCACAGCCUCCAAGACCCUGGACAAGCGGCGGCGCUUGGAAGAGGAGGCCAAGAACAAGGCGGAGGAAGCCAUGGCCACAUACCGGACGUGUGUGGCGGAUGCUAAGACGCAGAAGCAGGAGCUGGAGGAUACCAAGGUGACGGCGCUCCGGCAGAUCCAGGAGGUCAUCCGGCAGAGCGACCAGACCAUCAAGUCGGCUACCAUCUCCUACUACCAGAUGAUGCACAUGCAGACGGCCCCGCUGCCCGUGCACUUCCAGAUGCUGUGUGAGAGCAGCAAGCUGUAUGACCCGGGCCAGCAGUACGCCUCCCAUGUGCGCCAGCUGCAGCGCGAUGAGGAGCCUGACGUGCACUAUGACUUUGAGCCCCACAUCCCUACAAACACCUGGUCCCCUGUCAUGCGCACCCGGAAAGGCAGCUUCAGUGUUGGCGAUGCUGCGGAGGCUGCCAGCAGCCCUCCAGAGGAAGGUAGCCCCAGCGAUGGGGUGAGAAGGGGUGGACGUGGACACCAGGUGCACAAGUCAUGGCCAAGCUCCAUCCCAGAUUCUGAUGGCAACCUGGACCCCAGCCCCGGCUCAGGGGACUUGAAGAAGUUUGAGCGGAUGUCGUCCAGUGGCACCAUGUCAUCCAGUGAGGAGCUGGUGGACCAGGAGGGCAGUGCAGGGGCGCCGUCAGCCUUUGAGCAGGCUGACCUCAAUGGCAUGGCCCCUGAGCUGCCAGUGGCCGUGCCCAGUGGGCCCUUCCGCCAUGUGGGGAUGUCCAAGGCAGCCCGCACUCACCGGCUCCGAAAACUCCGCUCGCCAGCCAAGUGCCGGGAGUGCAACAGCUAUGUCUACUUCCAGGGUGCUGAGUGCGAGGAGUGCUGCCUAGCCUGCCACAAGAAAUGUCUAGAGACUCUAGCCAUCCAGUGUGGACACAAGAAGCUUCAGGGCCGCCUGCAGCUCUUCGGCCAGGACUUCGGCCAGGCAGCCCAGGGCACUCCUGAUGGUGUGCCCUUCAUCAUUAAGAAGUGUGUCUGUGAGAUUGAGCGACGGGCGCUGCGCACAAAGGGCAUAUACCGGGUGAAUGGGGUGAAGACACGCGUGGAGAAGCUGUGCCAGGCCUUUGAGAAUGGCAAGGAGCUGGUGGAGCUGUCGCAGGCCUCACCCCAUGACAUCAGCAAUGUCCUCAAACUCUACCUGCGCCAGCUGCCGGAGCCACUCAUCUGCUUCCGCUUCUACCACGAGCUCAUGGGGCUGGCCAAGGACAGCCUGAAGGCAGAGGCUGAGGCAAAGGUCACAUCCCGGAGUUGUCCAGAAGUGGCCGAGCGCGAGGCUGUGGACGUGGCUAUGGUGGGCCGGCUGCGGGAGAUCCUGAGUGACCUGCCAUCUGAGAACCGGGCCUCACUGCAGUACCUGCUGCGGCAUCUGCGCAGGAUUGUAGAGGUGGAACAGGACAACAAGAUGACCCCCGGGAACCUGGGCAUUGUGUUUGGACCCACACUGCUGCGGCCUCGGCCCACCAAGGCCACCGUAUCCCUCUCCUCCCUGGUCGAUUACCCGCACCAAGCCCGCAUUGUGGAGACCCUCAUCACCCACUAUGGGGCGGUCUUUGAGGAGAAGCCCGAAGAGGAGGCUACGGGUCAGUACGGGAUGCCCAGCCAGCGGGCUGAGGUGCUGCUCCAGGUGCCCUACCCGGAGGCCAGUGAGGGGGCUGCCUUCCCCCUGCAGGAGGAGGCUGAGGAUGGGGGCCCAGACCUACCAGAAUCCCACGUCACCUCCAACGACUCUGACUCAGAGCUGGAGGAGGGCCCGGAGCUGCUGUCCUCAGAGGAGAGGAGUGCCCUGCACCGUCUCAGCUUCCUGGAGAAGCAGAGCAGUGAGGCCAGCGUGGAGGAGGCCCAGGACAGUGGCAGUGAAGAGCAGCUGGGGCCCUCCGCUGGGGAGGAUGGUGUAGAGGGGCUGUCCCAGUAUACCACCAACCAGUGCAACAAUGUAGCUGGAGGCCGACUGUCCGCCAUGAGGCACCGUGGUAGACAGGUCACAGUGGGCACUGGUUGGGAGAGGCAACCAGAAUUUGUCUGGCUGGGGCCAUGGCUGGGGGCCAAGCACCACCCCAUUCCUGGCUUCUGUCACCGUGGAUAUCCCUGGGACUGGCCACACUGUGCCAGGUUCUUUGCCCAGAGUGCCUAGGUUGCAGUGACCACUCGGUGGGAGGCCCCCCUGGCCCAUGGUGGUAAGGGCAUUGCUGGCUUCCCUUCCCACAAGCUUCUAGGAAUGUGGGUGAGUCCACAGUCCACCCCGUGCCUCCCCGCAUGACCGGCCUGGCUGAGCCAGGGACUCUGCUCUCAGGAAUCACCGUGGGGCUGUGAGGACAGAGGAACCCCGAGUGGCCCCUGCCCUCUGCUCAAGGCUGACCCCUCUUCGGACCUGUCCUGAGCUGUGUAUGACCUCUGGUUGCCAGGCUGCGGAAGGCCACUCUGGCAGCCGGACGGACGGCAGGGGCCAGGCGGCAGAACUGGGUUUGGACACCUGGGGUUUAGGUACAUGGUGGGGUUUCUCCCUCACAUGCAUGUAUUUUGCUUAAAAUAAAGUUUGUUAAUCUGAGUGGCA